AUACACACACACACACACACGCGCGCACACACACACACACUUUGGUUACAAGUCCGCGCUGGUGUAUGUGGAGCACGUCGAGCGCCAUCUGCUGGCAGCGAUUGCAGUUGCGCAAGGAAAACAGGAGUUUCGCGCGAAACACGCACCGACGCACGUUCGUGUUGCAUCCACGGGACCACGGGGGCAUGUAUUCUGGCCACCGGUGCUGGAUGCUGCAUCGGAUUCUAACGACGGCGUACGCACAGAGUUUGGUGCUGGGCCGAGAUUGUGGUUUUUGCUGAAGGUAACCUAUCUUCAACCUGUGUGGCGCUGGGUACGCCUACGAGACGAUGUGCGUUGGAAGCUUGAGCAUGUGCGUUUGUCAAGUGUAAACAACCAACGGGUGCAGUUUUGAGGACGACCUACCGACCGGUUCGAGCGCACAUUGCGUUUCAUUUGCUUCUCAAGCUCAAGGACAAGGCAGAGUUUCGAAAUUCCAACAUUCCCGUCAUCCUGUCUGCGAUGGAGCUGUUCGCCCAGUCGUGCGUGUGCGACUCAGGCAGUGUCGUCGACGUGUACAUGGUUCCCCUGAACUUCAUGGCAGCGGUUCCUUCCCCUGCCGCCGGCUAUACGCCGUACAGGCCGGUUAUGGCCGCGUACCGUAAGGAUUCGGUAAAUUGCGGCUGGUCGGGACACUUUGCGCGCUUCCUGCGGGACACCGUGCCGGACGUAUCGCUGAUGCGUGCGUACCUUCGCGAACAGCGCCCGUUUUUGCCGCGCGUGGUGCCCAAACUCUCCUCCGACUACGUGGCGAUCGACAGUGCGUACCGGACGGCCCGGCUCGCUACGACCGACGGCAGGCAGGUAGUGGUGAAGGGGACGCUCGUCGUCAACUUGCAGUGGCUGCGGGAUGGCCUUCCGAUCGCGGCCCUGUCGGCGGAGCGCAUCAUGUGCAAAGUGUACGAGUUAGCGAAUGAGGCCUGGCACCAAAUUCCGGGGGAUAUCCUCUACGUGUGGUGCACGCUCAUGCCGGACGGCAUCACGGCGUGGCUCAUGACAGACGAGGAACAAGCCAUUCUUAAACCGCAUGACGUGGAUCCGCUAGCUGGCUAACGAGGGUGCGCGGUGUUUUUUUUUUUUUUUUACUUCAACUUACAUUACUUAAACUGAGCAACUUGCACUAUUAUGGGUAUUUUUAUCUUUGAACUUAUUACACGUUUAUUGACGGAAUUAAAAUAAUAAAUAAACACAAUACAUUGAAUUAUGGGGCCGCCGGUAGCCUGAUACUCACUCACUGCGUUAGGUGCGCUCUGAACACACUUAGCGCGCAGCGCUAAGUGCGGCGUGGUAGUGUGCGUGAGCGCAGUGUCGAUUCCUGGAUGUCGACCAGCAGCAGCGCAACUGCUACGGCGAAUCCAGGGCUCGGCAUGAUGCCGCGUUCGCGUUCCUCGAGUUGCGACUGUUGAUGAUGAGCUGUUGACCCGGGGGCGGCGGCGUUGCAGGUUUGUUCAUGAUCAGUUCCAGGAUCGAUGUGGAUUCAGUACCAGUUCCCGGAUCAGUACCAGGACCGGUAUGCGUUAGUGAUCAGUUCCAGUAUGUUUGCAUGGCGCCCGAAGGACUAAUAAAACCCGCAAAUG